AUGGCUUCGCUCUUCUUCAACGUCCGUCAGCAGCGCCAGAGGAACGUCCGUUAUGAACGCCUCCAUCCUUCCUCUGUGUUCCAGCAGAACGAUCGCAUCUUCUACUCGAAGUAUAGGUUUCGCAGAGAAGAUGUUAAAAAGAUCGUGAGGAUGCUCGAACCGCUGCUGCCGGAUGCAGGGCUGGAGCCUUGGGAGAUCAGCAAAGAGGACCAGCUGAGUUUUGGGGUGUGUCAGAAGGCUGUGAGUGACGUCGUCACCCGGGUAAUGGAUGCUCUCAACCAUCCAACAAUAGAGGCCCGCUUCCUCCGCUUCUGGCCGUCGGACGAGCGCUGGUGCUUGCGAAGGUCUCAAGAAUUCGCUAGAUCUCGAGAUUCACAAAUGUCAUUGGAUGUGUCGAUGGCUGUUUCAUCCGAAUCCAGCGCCCUAUCAACUUCGGCAACCACUACUACUAACGAAAGGCUUGUUGCGCAGUCAAAGCCCGCUUCAACAAGCAUUAGAUAG